UGUCAGAAAAUUGCACAAAUAAAUAACAAAAUCUACUGAAAAACUUCUAUAAAGUAGCGUAUGUGCUAAUAAUUUUAAAUAAAAUAAGUAGUUAUUUAUGUUGUAAAAUAAAAAAGUAAUUUAGAUACGUGCUUAAGGCAUUGAAGUAAAACGCGCUUAACAAUGGGCGAGAAUUGCGCGAAAGGUGCAACGCAGAAAAUAAUUGAAAACAAGGAUGCCGAUACCAGAGAAUUAAACGAGAUUUGCAAUUUAUUAUGGGGACCAAGUAUACGAAGGGAUGUCUUUAGUAGAUGGUCGCAAGGCUUCGUAUUUAGUGAAGUUGAACCUUCAGCAUUAGUACAAAAACAAGGUGGUCCUUGCGCUGUGAUUGCACCUGUGCAAGCUUUUUUAAUAAAAAUUCUUAUUAUGGAUACGCCGGGUCAUUCCUUGAAAGAUCUGACAGAUGACAAAUGCAAAAAGCUGCUGAUAAAGGCGCUGUGUAAUAUUCUGCAAAAAUGUAAAGCGCAAAAACAGAGAAUCGUGUAUCUGCCGCAGGAUUCAUUUCAAACAGAAGCCAAAGAAACAUGUAAUGCUAAUACAGUCGUUAAUGUUGACAACCAAGACGCUUGUACGACAGCUAAAGGAGAGGCAGAUAAAGUAGCGGCUGCUGAGCUGUCACCUGAGCAAUUUCAUAAUCAAAUUCAGGUGCUUAAUUUUCGAACGGUGGAAGAAGUGGAAAUGUAUUACACUGAAAACUUUCAUGUGCUGUCGGCACAAUUUGGCGUACUGCUAUUUAUGUAUACUGUGUUAUUAACAAAGGGUAUAGAUAACGUGAAUUCUGAGCUCUCCGACACAUCAGAACCGCUCAUACAUAACACUUACGGCUAUGGUUCACAGGCUUUAAUAAAUUUAAUGUUAACUGGUCGAGCAGUUGCACAUGUUUGGGACAACGAUCAGGAUGUUGGUGGUUUGAAACUACGGGGCAUUAAUGAACAAAGCGAUAUUGGUUUCAUAACGUUGAUGGAACAAAUGCGUUAUUGCACUGUAGGUUCGUUUUAUAAAAAUCCAUGUAAUCCAGUUUGGGUUAUGGGCUCCGAAACGCACUUGACUGUGUUAUUUAGUACUGAAAAGAGGCUGGUUUCGCCGGAAACUCCUUCAGAAAUAGCGAGGCGAGUUUUUAAAUCGUUCGAUCCUGACGGCAACAAUUUUAUAGCUGCGCCUGUAUUGCAAGAUGUAAUGGCAACGUUGGAUUUGGUUAGUGAACAGGAAUAUGUGGAAAUAAUGCAAAAACGUUUAGACCCUGAAGGAUUGGGGAUAAUACUUUUAAAUGCAUUUAUGGAUGAAUUCUUUCCACGGGAAAAACGUUCUACACCAGAUACAUUUGAUUUAAUGCACUAUAAUGGUAUACCAGGUUCAAAUGAAGGAAACAAGGUACGCUAUUACAGGGGAUCUGCCAUUUUACUUGAAAGCGAUUUAAAAUCGGUUUGUGUGUCGAAUCCCAUGAUGACAUGCUUACAAACGAAAUGGCCAAAUAUUGAAAUAAACUGGCACGAUAUGCGAAUACCAUCACUAAAUUGACCUAACCACGCAUUACCAACAUCAACCAAUAGAUU